GUGAAAGUUUUGUAUCAAAGAAAGUUAGUCAGGUCAAACUCAACGAAAUCUCGUAGGUACAUUGAGUUCGGGUACCGAAGAUGUCGUUAUUUUUAAUGAUAAUUGGUUGUAUAAUUAGUUCUUUAGUUAUUCUGUUAAUGAUGUUUAAAUUGUUAAUAAAAUUUGAAUGUAUUGAGUGCACUAGCGAUGUUUGUUUGUUGGGAAAAACGGCACUAGUUACAGGUGGAAGUCAAGGCAUAGGGUAUGAUAUAGUUCUUCAACUAGCCUCCAGGGGUUGCAAAGUUAUUAUAGCUAGCAGAACAGUAGAUGAAGGACUGAGAAAACAAAUUAUACACGAAACCAAGAACCCAGAUAUAGCACUAGAAUAUGUUGAUAUGGCUUCCUUUAAAUCAGUUCGACUACUUGCAAGUAGGUUAAAACGAUCUGAGUCCAAAUUAGAUAUACUAAUUAAUAAUGCUGGGAUUGGUACUUGUUUAAAUGAUGCAACCGAAGACGGACUGAACAGAACAAUGCAAGUUAACCAUUUUAGUGGAUUUCUACUCACUCAUCUACUUGUAGAUCUUUUAAAGAAGUCAGAAGGAGCUAGAGUAAUUUUUGUGACAUCAAUUUUGGUUUAUAUUCACACUCUAACAAGGAGAUCCGUGAAAGGUUUUAAAAUUUAUAAUUCUCUGUUUAGAAGCUUUGACUACCCCAAUUCCAAAUUCUGCAAUAUAAUAACCGCUGACAUGUUUGCAAAGAAACUUAAACGAUGGAAUAUUACUUGUAACAGUUACCAGCCUGGCGUAGUAAAAACAGAGAUAUUUAAAAAAUCUGAGAAAAAUUUGUCAAAUUUAUUUGAUAUUUUACUGUAUUAUUCUUUAAUACCUUUAUUGAUAAAAUUGAGUAGUGUGAAACCAAGGGUCACCUCACAAGGCGCCAUACAAAUAGCAAUUGCCAAAGAGUUUGAGAAUGUAACAGGAAAAUUUGUCGGAAGAUUUUUGCAUAAUGUUAAACCUAGAGCAGCUUACGAUAAACAAUUUUGUGAAGCGAUCUGGAGAGCGUCAGAAGAAAUAGUGAAACUAAAACCAGAGGAAAGACUAGAUUAAUCUUAUGGGCAAUCACCCUUUAUCAAUUAAUUUAUUAAAAAAUCAGAUUUUAA